GUUAUUCUUUUACUUUAUGUGCAAGGACGCUAGCGCACCUUUCUUAUAACGUUCAUUGUGUUGUAGUACAAUAAAUCAACGUUUGGGAUUUUUGGUUUGUUUUGUACGGGUUCACGUCUUCACUUGGCUAGUUUUCAUUUCGGACUUGUCUUUAUUUAUUUUUUAUCCAACCAGCUUUUUCGCACUCGGUCUCCUGUCCUCCGCUCUCUGCAUCUAGACACAUUUUGAGAUAUCAGGUUUUAUGCAAAGCAAAACAGUUGCAGCGGAAUUAACUUUCGACUCUAUAUUACCGUAUUACCGUUCAGUGAAUACCUCACACAACAAAGCUGAAAGGGUUAAUUUGAAAUCUGGUUUGAUCUGUCAAGGCUUGCCUAGUCGCCAUGGAGAGGCAGAACAGUCACCAAGCAACUUAUUCUUCCCAACACCCAUUUGUGCACACGUUGAAACUGACCAGGGCGCAGUUAAUAAGGGGCAUGGUGUUGGGCUCCAUCCUCGUCCCCAUACGAGUUUUUCUGGCUGUCCUCUGCUUCCUGAUCAUGUGGCCUAUUGCCCGGCUCCGAUUGGCUGGCCUCUCAGAGGCGGAACGGUACCGGCCAGUAACGACUGGGUGGAGGAGAUGGUUACUACACCCCAUCAUCUGGUUCCUUAGCCGGGCAGUGUUUUUCUUCCUGGGGUUCUUCUGGUUCCGGGUCAAAGGUUGUAGGGCGGGGCAUAAGGAGGCUCCUGUGUUGGCAGUGGCACCUCACAGUAGCUUCCUGGAUAUGUUGGUGCUGACGGAAACCCAGCUGCCUACGGUGGUGUCUAGAUCAGAGAACCAAAGCAUUCCCGUUAUAGGGGCCCUCCUGGAGUUUAACCAGUCAGUGUUGGUAAACAGGAAGAAUCCAGAAUCCAGGAAACGGGCUGUCGUUCAGAUCAAAGAGAGGCUCACCUCCAAUGGCUACUGGCCACAGAUGCUGAUGUUCCCAGAAGGCACCACGACGAACGGCACCACUCUCAUAAAGUUCAAACCUGGUGCCUUCCUAGCUGGAGUCCCAGUCCAACCUGUCCUGCUGCACUACCCCAACAAACUGGAUACUGUGCGCUGGACCCACAGGGGAACUACCUGGGUUGAGGCAUUGUGGCACACCUGCUCUCAGCUCUACACUAACGUUACUGUUGAGUACCUGCCAGUAUACACCCCCUCCCAGGAGGAGAAGGAUGACCCUAAUCUGUAUGCAGACAAUGUCCAGAAACUCAUGGCCAAGACCCUGGGCAUCCCGGCGACAGACCAUGUGAUGGAGGGGCGUGUUCCUACCAGAAAACUGGGAGGGCUCUCCCUCCCCCUAGAACCACCUGCCAGAGAAACUCUCUCUCUGCUGCAUAAAGACGGUCUCAGAGAGUUCGAGGUGGAGGCAGCACUGAGUAAGAUAAUUGACAGGUGUCAGUCAGAACAGGGUUGGAGGGCUGGUGUGGAUGAGCUGGCACCACUCCUGGGACUGACAGACAGACAGACUGCUGCUAAGAUCUGUGGACUCUACUCCAAGGAUGACAAGGUGGACCUCAGACAGAUCUAUUUAAGUGUGACAUCAGUCUCUGGGCUUCUGGGAUUUAAGUCCCUCCUUCACACUGCAUUCACUCUGUAUGACAGAGAGUGUAGUGGCAGUCUGACUGCAGUGGACGUGUCUGACCUGAUGGGGGCGCUAGUGGGGAGUCCUCAGUACCACACAGAGGAACUGUACACUGAACUGUCCUUGAGAGGAGCGCCCACCGAACCAUUCGAGAAGUUCCAAGGACCUUUUUCUCCAAUGAGAAGGAGGCAAGGAGAGCAGAUGCAAGGAAUCGAGGAAAGAUGAAUUGUGAAAGCCAUGUCCUGUUGUUCGUCCCACUGUCCCUUGGAACUGCAAUGCUAUGUGGUUGUAUCUCUACAGAAGACCUGUUCAGUGUGCUGACCACCCACCCCACCUAUCAGAAACUGAUCAGCGAGUACUUCACACCUGAGGGUGUGGAGUCCUCACCACCAUCCUCUCCUCUGACUAAAGAGAAGGCAGGGAACAACAAUGCAGGAUCGCCUAACGACAACAGAUCGGCCUUGCCUUACAAAACGGCUGAUAACGGCUCUCCUCUGCCCAGUAAGAAGAACGACUGAGUGAAGGAACUCUGAAGCAUACUGAUAGAAUUCCUAGCACGGACUGGGCAGUUAUUACAGAUUAAUCUAUAUGGGUGAGCUUACUUACAAAAAUGGCUGCCGGUUAUACAUCGACUUGAAUGGGGAACCCCUUCUAGGAAUUCUAUUUCUAAUGGGGCUUACGCCAUUUUGUGAAAUUGAAGAAAAACCUAAGGCAGCUCAACGGUAUCGACAGUAAUGCCACUUAUAACACGCUGUUCUCUAAGAAAUCAAAGGGAACGACUCAUAGUGAACUAGUGCGUAUGUCUUUCAGAUGGGUUAUAUGUGGUCUUUUAAGACUUGUUUACAAUGUCAUAGCUACAUAGCUAGCUAUGAUUGUUACACAAUUCUCUGGAUCUGCCUGUCAAGAUGCUGGGAAAAUAGUAUCACGGUAGUGUUUAUUUAUAAAUGUGAUACGAUUUUAAUACAAUUAAGAGUGUCUGUCUUAUUUUGUACGGCUUGAAAUGGGAUGUGGUAUGUGAAUUUGUAUUGUUUUAAUGAACAAAAUAUACAAACCAAAUGAUUAUGAAAAUUACUAUUCUCAGGAUUUUGUAUUGUAUUUUACAUUUAAUCUAUUAAACUGAACAUUAAACAUUGGA